AUGGGGACAGGGUUGUUGUCACCCCCAACCCCCCCAGGCUGUGGGGGUGACCCCCAGAUUGACAUGGGGACGGGGUUGUUGUCACCCCAAAAACCCCACAUGGAUUCGGGGACAGGGUUGUUGUCACCCCCCAAAAACCCCACACAGAUACAGGGUCGGGGUUGUCACCCCCAAACCCCACAUGGAUUUGGGGUCAUGGUUGUUGUCACCCCAAAAACCCCACAGGCCGUGGGGGUGACCCCAGAAUUGGUUUGGGGGUGCGGUGGUUGUCACCCCCCAAACACCCCCACGGAUACAGGGUUGGGGGUGUCACCCCCAAACCCCACAUGGAUUCGGGGUCGGGGUUGUUGUCACCCCCAAACCCCACAUGGAUUUGGGGUCGGGGUUGUUGUCACCCCCAAACCCCACAUGGAUUCGGGGUCGGGGUUGUUGUCACCCCCAAACCCCACAUGGAUUCGAGGUUGGGGUUGUUGUCACCCCCAAACCCCACAUGGAUUCGGGGUCGGGGUUGUUGUCACCCCCAAACCCCCAAAUUCUGGUGGGGUCAGGGUUGUCACCCCCAAACCCCACAUGGAUUCAGGGUCGGGGUUGUUGUCACCCCCAAACCCCACAUGGAUUCGGGGUCGGGGUUGUUGUCACCCCCAAACCCCACAUGGAUUUGGGGUCGGGGUUGUUGUCACCCCAAAAACCCCACAUGGAUUCGGGGUCGGGGUUGUUGUCACCCCCAAACCCCACAUGGAUUCGGGGUCGGGGUUGUUGUCACCCCCAAACCCCACAUGGAUUCGGGGUCAGGGUUGUUGUCACCCCCAAACCCCACAGGUGUUGGGGGUGACCCCAGUUCCCAACGGUGACGGGGUUGUCACCCCCAAAUGGAAAUGGGGUUGGGGUUGUCACCCCCAAACCCCCAAGAUCCGGUGGGGACAGGGUGGCUGUCACCCCCCAGGUCCCCCCAGACUGUUGGGGUGA